AUGCGACCCCACGAUGGCAGGGUGGAGGUUUUCGUCAAGGGCAACUGGAGCACGGUGUGCGAUGACGACUGGGAUGCCUUUGAUGCCGUAGUUAUCUGUCGUCAGCUCGGCUACAACGGCGCCUUGAUGGCAAAGGGGUCAGCUGCCUUUGGUCAAGGAAGCGGCCAGAUCCUGUUGAGUGGUCUACAGUGUACGGGGAGCGAGAAGCACCUCGCCGAAUGUCUCGGCGCAACCCUGAUGGAGAGCAACUGCAACCACAACGAGGAUGCAGGCGUCGUUUGCUACGAUCAAAGAAUUCGUUUGGUGGAUGGUUCAAGCACAGCGGAAGGACGCGUUGAGGUGUUUGCAGAUAAGAACUGGGGAACUGUUUGCGGUGAUGGCUGGAGUCUGAACAACUCCAUCGUGGCCUGUCGUCAGUUGGGCUUUUUAGGGGCGACAGAGAAAGUGGCUAGUGCGGCAGUCUUCGGUCCAGGUGAUAGCAACGUGCCAGUUCUGCUCAACGAAGUGGCUUGCACCGGUGGUGAGAAUUCGAUAUUCGAGUGCGGGCUUGACAGGAGGGUCAGUGGCGGCUGUUCCGACAGUGAUGAUGCUGGAGUGCGCUGUGAAGUCGAUGGGCGCGUUGAGCUCUUCCUACAAGGCGACUGGGGAACUAUCUGCGAUGACAGUUGGAACCUCCUCAACGCCAACGUUGUUUGCCGUCAACUGGGCUUUACACAGGCGGUGCUGUUCACUUCGUUCGGGGCGGGCGCUGAAGAGAUGCACAUCCUGAUGGACGAGGUUAUGUGUCGGGGAGAUGAAGAUUCAGCUGUGGAGUGCCCUCGAACUUUGGGGAGUAGCGACUGCUCGCACGCUGAAGACGUUGGAGUCCAUUGUGACAACUCCACUACUGACGAUAUUGCAACAGAUCGUUUAGUGGAUGGAUCAGAUUCAGCAGAAGGCCGAGUGGAAAUCUUUGCUCUUGGUACCUGGGGUACUAUCUGCGAUGACAACUGGGACAUCACAGAUGCCAAUGUCGUCUGUCAUCAAGCUUGGUUUUCCUGGGGCUGUCGACGCAGUGCCCAACGCUACCUUUGGCGAAGGUACCCGGAAGAUGGAGAUAUCACUCGAUGA